AAUACAUUGUGCUUCCGUAGUUUGCUCAAGUAUUUUCGUUUGAUAAGAGCCAGAAACGACUUUCCUGUACAAGGAUGUUGAAACUGGUUGUUUUUCUUGUUCUUCUUGCUCUUGUGUCGCAGAACAACGGUAGGAAAAAGAGAUACUCGGUUUCAAUAGACGACAUCGACCCGUACCCUUUCUGCGGGCACAGAUUCUUACAACAUGGUACCGAAUUUGGAAAUGAUUUACGGAAGAGGCGAUCGCUGGAACAGGGAAAGAUCGAAGGAAAACGAAUUGUAGGAGGAACAGAAAGCAAGCAAGGAUCCUGGCCUUGGCAAUUGGCUUUGUUGCUCAACGGAACUCAGUUUUGUAGUGGAUCGCUCAUCAGUCGAGAAUGGGUGGUGACCGCUUCGCAUUGCUUUCAUGACUCAUACUCCUCAACCAACCCCAAGUUUUGGACCGCAACACUGGGUGAACAUAAACUUCAAGAGAAAGAGGUGUUUGAGCAGGUUAGGGGUGUUGAAAGAAUUAUCCUGCAUCCCAAUUACAAGUCCAUGUUUUUAGAAAAGAUCUUCGAUACUCCACCAGACUAUGACCUUGGUGAGUUUAUUUAUUGCUUUCAUAUAUUUAUAUGUGUGCAUGUGACAUGAGUGUGCUAGGCCUCACAAAUAUGGGGUGUACUCAAACAUGGCUGUCAUGACACCAUGGGUGCGGGCAACCAUUCUUGAAGCAGAAGAGCAAGAUGAUAAUUUUUAAGGUGGUCGCAAUUAUUCACAGUAUCACAAAAUAAUUACACAUAAAAACUAGACUGUAAAUUUCUGGCAUCAUUUGCAUCGUUGAGGUAAUGCGACCAUAGCUUCUUGGUUACUUGAAGUCGCCAAAAGAAACCAAAUGACCUUAUGUUUGGGUCGUCCUACCUGCAUGCAAAUAGGUUCCUUUU